GCUAUAGGACACAUGAAGGCAUCAGUAGAGGGAGGCGUUGACUCAAGCUAACCGCUGCUACCGCUGCAUGAACCUUCCGUGAUCUCUGCACACUGUUACUGAGCCAAAAGGCACAGAAAUGUCGGGGAAGAGUUUUCGUGUCAGCGACGGGGACUGGAUUUGUCCCGAUAAAAAAUGUGGUAAUGUGAACUUCGCUAGAAGAACGAGUUGCAACAGAUGUGGCAGAGAGAAAACCACAGAGGCCAAGAUGAUGAAAGCAGGAGGAACAGAAAUUGGCAAAACUCUGGCUGAGAAGAGCAGAGGCCUCUUCAGCGCAAAUGAUUGGCAGUGUAAAACAUGUGGCAAUGUGAACUGGGCUAGGCGAUCAGAGUGCAACAUGUGUAACACUCCUAAGUACGCCAAGCUGGAAGAAAGAACAGGUUAUGGUGGAGGGUUCAAUGAAAGGGAAAAUGUGGAAUACAUCGAACGGGAGGAAUCUGAUGGUGAAUAUGAUGAGUUUGGUAGAAAAAAGAAAAAAUAUCGUGGGAAGAGCAACAGCUCAAGUUCAGCAAAAGAAAGUGAAAAGAAGGAAGUGCCAAAAGAUGAAGAUGAGGAAGAAGAUGAGGAGGAGGAGGAGGAUGGUGACCUGUCAAAAUACAAACUGGAUGAUGAUGAGGACGAUGAAGAUGGGGAUCUGUCAAAGUAUGAUCUCAAUGCCAGUGAUGAGGAUGAAAAGCCAGCCAAGAAGAGUGGCAGCCACUCCGGUUCCUCGCGCUCUACCUCGCGCUCUUCUAGCUCCACCUCUCGGUCGAGGUCCAGGUCCCGUUCUAGAAGUACUUCCAGUUCCAGAUCUGGAUCUCGUUCGAGAUCUCACUCCAGAUCGAGCUCCAGGUCUGGGAAGGGCUCCUCUCCCCAGAAGAGGUCCCGCUCACCGUCCUCCUCACCAGAGAGGAGACAAAAGCGAAGUCGCUCCAGGUCUUCAUCUGGAGGAAGAAAACGAAGACGCUCUAGAUCACAUUCGUCCGAAAGGUUUGGGUUUCUGUGGAAUACCACAAUGGCACUGAUUAUAAUUAGACCUCUGUUGGAUCGCUUACGGGAGAUCAGAUUUACAAACUUAUGCUCACAUUUUGCCAUUGUGUAAUGGUUUUUAUAACAUCUGUUUACCUUGCUUCAUGUAUACACGAUGCGCCCAUGGCUGACUCUGCUGACCUUGUCGUUCUUCCCACGAUGUUUGUGUGAUUUCAGGCGCAGUGGCCAUUCGUCUGGAUCGUCUCUCUCUGGCUCCAGUUCUAAAAAGAAAUAGCUUUCUUACAGCCUCAUAAACCAGUAAAGUUUAGUGGAAGUGCAUGUCGUGUUGCAAACACAACCACCAUACACCUUCAGUAUGCUCUUCAUUGUUAUAACCUCUCAAAAGUCUUACUUCUAAGCAUCAAGAAAAAAAGGCAACAUGAAAUCACCCUGUCAUUACGUAUGUGCUCCCUUUUUUAAAAAAAACCCAACAACACCACAUAUCUGGAGUGUUUGUAACUAUUGAUGUCCAAUAAAAAAAAUGUUUGGUCCUAAUGAGAAAAAAAAAAAUUAAGUGUAAAGGGUGUACUCCCUUUGAAAAUCAAUUUUGCCUAAAAUAUUUGAGAGCAUUUCGCUCUGGUCAUGUGUGGAAGAACUGGAGCAAAGUUUGUUUUUCUUUUCAUAUUCUCAACCAUCAGCUUAGGGUAGCUGAAAUGUAGCUAUAAUUUGGAAGGGGUUUUUUGGGGGGUUGGGAGGUUGUUUCAAGGUAAGUAUACUUUUUGAUAUUGUCUUAAUUAAAUAAAUUUUACAUUCUUGGGUUAGGGUUGAGGUUUAACUGUACUUAUUUGUCCCUUCACAAUUAUUUUGGCUUUGUUCAAAAUGAUUCCCCUUCUUUUGCCACCUGGGGAAAAGACUUCUUAAUUUUCUGCUCCAGUUCAGUGUAGCACAAACUGCUAAAAGUUGUGAUUAAAAUGUGACAUCAGUCUUUUUAGGAGUAAAAUGACUAAAAUGUACACAUGUAAAUAAAAACUUGUCAACCUUGAA